GCUAGAAUUCAGGUCUCUUAAUUCCCAGAACAUUAUUCUUUAAAACACCCUUUUACGUGUAGAGGUUUCUAAGUUGCUAUGAACCAUGGCCCAACUGUACUACAAAAAAGUCAACUACUCACCAUACCGGGACCGCAUCCCCCUGCAAAUUGUAAGGGCUGAGACAGAGCUCUCUGCAGAAGAGAAGGCCUUCCUCAAUGCUGUGGAGAAGGGAGACUAUGCCUCUGUGAAGCAGGCCCUACAGGAGGCCGAGAUCUACUACAAUGUCAACAUCAACUGCAUGGACCCUCUGGGCCGGAGUGCCCUGCUCAUUGCCAUUGAGAACGAGAACUUGGAGAUCAUGGAGCUACUGCUGAACCACAGCGUGUAUGUGGGUGAUGCCCUGCUCUAUGCCAUCCGUAAGGAAGUGGUGGGUGCUGUGGAACUUCUGCUCAGCUACAGGCAGCCCAGUGGAGAGAAGCAGGUCCCCACUCUGAUGAUGGACACCCAGUUCUCAGAGUUCACACCGGACAUCACUCCUAUCAUGCUGGCAGCCCACACCAACAACUACGAAAUCAUUAAAUUGCUUGUCCAAAAACGAGUCACUAUCCCACGGCCCCACCAGAUCCGCUGCAACUGUGUGGAGUGUGUGUCCAGUUCAGAGGUAGACAGCCUACGCCACUCUCGCUCCCGGCUGAACAUCUAUAAGGCUCUGGCAAGCCCCUCACUCAUUGCCUUAUCAAGUGAGGACCCCAUCCUAACUGCCUUCCGUCUGGGCUGGGAGCUCAAAGAGCUCAGCAAGGUGGAGAAUGAGUUCAAAGCAGAGUAUGAGGAGCUCUCUCAGCAGUGCAAGCUCUUUGCCAAAGACCUGCUGGACCAAGCUCGGAGCUCCCGGGAACUAGAAAUCAUCCUCAACCAUCGAGAUGAUCACAGUGAAGAACUUGACCCUCAAAAGUACCAUGACCUGGCCAAGCUGAAGGUGGCGAUCAAAUACCACCAGAAGGAGUUUGUUGCUCAGCCCAACUGCCAACAGUUGCUUGCCACCCUGUGGUACGAUGGCUUCCCUGGAUGGCGGCGGAAACACUGGGUAGUCAAGCUUCUGACCUGCAUGACCAUUGGCUUUCUGUUUCCCAUGCUCUCCAUAGCCUAUCUGAUCUCACCCAGGAGCAACCUUGGCCUGUUCAUCAAGAAGCCCUUUAUCAAGUUUAUCUGCCACACAGCAUCCUAUCUGACUUUCCUCUUCAUGCUUCUCCUGGCUUCUCAGCACAUAGUCAGGACAGACCUCCAUGUACAGGGGCCUCCCCCAACUGUCGUGGAAUGGAUGAUAUUGCCUUGGGUUCUAGGUUUCAUUUGGGGGGAAAUUAAGGAAAUGUGGGAUGGUGGAUUUACUGAAUACAUCCAUGACUGGUGGAACCUGAUGGAUUUUGCAAUGAACUCACUCUACCUGGCAACUAUUUCCUUGAAGAUUGUAGCCUAUGUCAAGUAUAAUGGUUCUCGUCCAAGGGAGGAAUGGGAAAUGUGGCACCCGACCCUGAUUGCAGAAGCACUCUUUGCGAUAUCCAACAUUUUAAGUUCAUUGAGACUCAUAUCCCUGUUCACAGCCAACUCCCACUUAGGGCCUCUGCAGAUCUCUUUGGGGCGCAUGCUGCUUGAUAUCCUCAAGUUCCUCUUUAUCUACUGCCUGGUACUACUGGCUUUUGCCAAUGGAUUGAACCAGCUUUACUUUUAUUAUGAGACCAGAGCUAUCGAUGAACCUAACAACUGCAAGGGGAUCCGAUGUGAGAAACAGAACAAUGCCUUCUCCACGCUCUUUGAAACACUUCAGUCACUCUUCUGGUCUGUAUUCGGCCUUUUAAAUCUGUAUGUCACCAAUGUGAAAGCCAGGCACGAGUUCACAGAGUUUGUGGGAGCUACCAUGUUUGGAACGUACAACGUCAUCUCCCUGGUAGUGCUGCUGAAUAUGCUGAUUGCCAUGAUGAACAACUCCUAUCAGCUUAUUGCAGAUCAUGCCGAUAUUGAGUGGAAGUUUGCAAGGACAAAGCUCUGGAUGAGUUACUUUGAUGAAGGUGGCACCUUGCCACCUCCUUUCAACAUCAUCCCCAGUCCAAAAUCAUUUCUAUACCUUGGUAACUGGUUCAACAACACCUUCUGCCCCAAAAGAGACCCUGAUGGUAGACAGAGAAGGCACAACCUGAGAAGCUUCACGGAACGCCAUGCUGACAGUCUGAUACAGAAUCAACAUUACCAGGAAGUCAUCAGGAAUUUAGUCAAAAGAUAUGUGGCUGCUAUGAUAAGAAAUUCCAAAACAAAUGAGGGACUGACAGAAGAAAAUUUUAAGGAAUUAAAGCAGGACAUCUCCAGCUUUCGAUAUGAAGUACUUGACCUCUUAGGAAAUAGGAAACAUCCAAGUAGAAGCUUUUCUACUAGCAGCACUGAUGAACUCUCACAGAGGGAUGAUACCAAUGAUGACAGUGGCGGGGCUCGGGCCAAAUCCAAGGGCGUCUCUUUCAAUUUAGGGUGCAAGAAAAAGGCCUGCCAUGGACCACCUCCCAUUAGAACCAUGCCAAGAGCCAGUGGCACCCCAAGAAAGUCAAAGGCUGAGUCAUCAAGCAAACGCUCCUUCAUGGCUCCUCCUCUCAAGAAACUGGGUCUCAUGUUCUCCAAGUUUAAUGGUCACAUGUCUGACCCCAGUUCAGAGUCAAUGUACACAAUUUCUGACGGAAUUGUUCAGCAGCACUAUAUGUGGCAGGACAUCAAAUAUUCUCAAAUGGAGAAAGGGAAAGCAGAGGCCUGUUCUCAAAGUGAAAUUAACCUCAGUGAGGUAGAAUUAGGUGAAGCCAGGGGUGCUGCUCAGAGUGAAUGCCCUCUAGCCUGUUCCAGCUCUCUUCAUUGUGCAUCCAGCAUCUGCUCCUCAAAUUCUAAACUUUUAGACUCCUCAGAAGAUGUAUUUGAAACUUGGGGAGAGGCGUGUGACUUACUCAUGCACAAAUGGGGUGAUGGACAGGAAGAACAAGUUACAACUCGGCUCUAACUCAAGUCCCUAUCACCUGUUCUGGAACUCAACAGAAAGUAUGUUAAUUCCUUGCUCUCAGAGGUGACUUAGAACACGAUUCCCUCACUGCCCCCUAGAAAGGAGAGUGACACUCCUAUUAUUUUCACUGUCUUUUAUAGCCACAUUCUCCACCUUCUUUUUGUUUUAUUAUUACUAUUAUUUGCCUUUUUAUACCUACGAACACUAAGUUCAUUUCACAACCAACUGAAGGGGUGUUUGCCUCUAAACAGCGGAGGUGCAGUCGGGUGCUUAACCCUUUUGUUUGGCUUUUCAUACCCUUGCUUCCUUGAAGCUCCAGGUGCCACUUUGCUAUUGUUGCUGCUGCACAGAUUCCUGAUCUUCCUCAGGAUCUUAUACCAUUUCCCCACAGGGCUGAGGAUGUGGUCAACAUUCCCCACCAGCUAUCAGAUGAGGCAAACUAACCUAUCUGAUGCCCUUCAGUGCUACACGCUGCCUAUGCUGCUUCAAUGAACAGCAUCAAAGGGAGACUGAACAGACACCAAAGAAUUGUCAGCUUGUGGUUUCUAGGUAU